AGGCAGCUCUCACAGUGUCCGGGACUGGAGAACAGAACUAUAAACAUUGUAUCAGCCUUCCCUGCAGUGGGCACAGAGCAGCAUUGUAUUCAUUGUAUCAGCCUUCCCUGCAGUGGGCACAGAGCAGCAUUGUAUUCAUUGUAUCAGCCUUCCCUGCAGUGGGCACAGAGCAGCACUGUAUUCAUUGUAUCAGCCUUCCCUGCAGUGGGCACAGAGCAGCAUUGUAUUCAUUGUAUCAGCCUUCCCUGCAGUGGGCACAGAGCAGCAUUGUAUUCAUUGUAUCAGCCUGCCCCAGCUUGGAUCUGAGCACUCAUAUUACCUGGGAAAGAUGCGUCUGAUCCAGAACAUGUGCACUAUUACCGAGUACCCACCGGGCACAGCCACAGACACUGCCAGCCAUGGCAGCCCUAACAGCAGGGUCAUUAAGAUCUCUGUCAUUGGGGGCAGCGGAGUGGGCAAGACAGCUCUUGUGGUCAGAUUUCUCACCAAGAGGUUUAUUGGCGACUAUGAGAGGAAUGCAGGAAAUCUGUACAGCAGACAAGUCCAAAUAGAUGGAAUGAAUCUGGCCAUUCAAGUUCAAGAUACUCCAGGUGUACAGAUGAAUGAGUCAAAUCUGGAGUGCAAUGAACAGCUCAACAGAUCAAUUCGAUGGGCAGAUGCUGUAGUUAUUGUAUUUUCCAUCACCGACUGUAAAAGCUACGAACUUAUAAGUCACCUUCACCAGCACGUGAGGCAGCUUCACCCAGACAACAGAAUUCCUAUUGUUGUUGUUGCCAACAAAGCAGACCUUCUUCACCUGAAACAGGUGGAGCCACAAAGUGGACUUCAGUUGGCCAAUAUGUUGGGCUGCACGUUCUAUGAAGUGAGUGUUAGUGAGAACUAUAUUGAUGUGUACAAUGCAUUCCAGGUACUCUGUAAAGAAAUUAGCAAACAUCAGACCACGGGGACACCCGAAAAAAGGAAAAAUUCUCUCAUCCCAAGACCAAAGUCUCCAAACAUGCAGGACUUAAAAAGACGCUUUAAGCAGGUACUAUCUGCCAAAGUACGGACAGCCACCUCAGUCUGAAGAAUAAGCUCAACCUCUGUUGCUGUUCUUCCAAGGUCUAAGUUCUCAUGAAGAUGUGAACAUGGAAUGUUUAUGGCAUUACUGACUCCAUGGAGGCACAACAAUGAGACACAAAGGCGACGAGUUUGUGCACUAAAGGGGAGCAAAUCUAGUUAAGUCGAUGCCAGUGUACAUCGAAAGGACUAAUAUUUUCAGGACAAUUUUGAUUGCAAGGGCUUAACCAAUUGAGAUACGUUUUGGACAAGAGGACUAUGAGGACAAUGUUUUGUGGUUCCGAAAUGUGGCUGACAGUAGAUAGAACUGUGUGAGGAACGGGGAAAAAUUUGGCAAGUUUUACAGUAGCACAGAAUUCUUGCGCACGCUUGGUGUCAUAUGCCACGGUGUAAUUCAUAUACUGUCAUUUUACAUCUGUAGCGUCUGUCACAGACCAAGUUCUUUUUUUAUUCCUCUUCAGUUGAUGGUAUAAAUUGUGUAUCAAAUAUUAUGUUAACAUGGAAAUGUUCUAUUAGAUAGAAGUUGUUUUGACUAAUGAAAUCCCUACAAUCAGUGUGGGUAAGUUAAUGAAAAGUCAACAACUGAGAGUUUAGCUCAUGUCUGCAUGGCAUUAUUUUAACAAAGGGCUCCAGAGAUAUGAACAAGGGUGAGUGUGCUUUGUACGUGCACACCACCUUGUGGUGAAUCUGGGUAUUGCCUCGGGUAAUUGGGAGGUAUUUCCAUUUCAGCUAUGCCUUAAGAUUAUUGAGCUAAGAAAAUGGAAAAAACACAAAACCCUGGUUUCCUGGUUCAAUGCUGCAGUCUCGUCCUACCAGGUGGAGACUCCAGCUAAUGUCUUGUGUGAAUUGCACUUUAAAAGCCACUUGUGCUUUUUUGCUUUGUCAAUUGUAAUUUAUUUAUUUUGUGUACAAUAAAACCUCUAUGGGGAAACUUUUUUUUAAAGAAA